AUGUCUAGAGAAUCAGUUGAAGGAUUCAGUCUUAGUUCAAUCACGUUAAAACUAAUUGGUUCGGCUUUCUUAUGUAUCAACUCUCUUUACAACGGGAGUGGUUUUCCUCUUUUUUUAUACGGUUUCCUUAACACUAUCGAACACUGUUUAUUUCUUUUCCAGUUUUUUAGAUACGGUAAAGUACUCUAUGCACCAUUACUAUCAUUAAUUGUUGUUAUUCCAUAUCUAAUCUGCAUCUUUUCCCCAAAACUUAUUCCAAUCACAGACUUAGUUAAACCAGUUACUCAAUUCAUCUCACACAUACCUCAAUUAAUCUCAUGCAUAACUAGGAAGACUACAUUAAACGUUUCUAUCUAUAGUCAACAUUUACAUUUCAUCGGAUCCUUUUUAGGCUGUAUAAUGCUCAUUUUAGAGGAGAACUACAAUAUUACUAACUGGAUCCUUUACGGAAAUACCUUUAUCCAAGCGUUUUCGAUAUAUUUCCUUGCUGCAUGGUAUGGAGAGCUCAGACUUAAGGAAUCCAAUGCUGAAAAUCGAUCAGUAUCAAGAAAGGUAUUCAAUGAUAGCUUUAAAUCUGUAUAA